AUGUCGAUACCUUCUGCGACACUGUCCCUCAACGCCGCGGUCACUGCGGACGAUGUUCUUGAGAUGCAAGAAUACGAUAGGAUAGUGCGGUUUCGCGAUUCUAUCCUUUCUGGUAAUCACCCUAGUAUCAAAAUCCCAGUGCCGGCUGGAGGGAAAGGCGCAAGUAAUCAACAGGCCAAAGUGCAAAGUUCUGCCAGUACAACUGCAACCUCACAGAAAAGCCAGGGUGGAUUUGCAUCAAGCAAUCUGCACUCAUUCAAGGCAAACGCUCAACAGCCGGCUGUUGAAGUCUCUAAUCCCACUUCUUCGAAUGUUGGGUCUUCAAAAUCGUUGGCUUCCAUCGCAACACAUUUCGAUCCGCUGCUUCUAACCAAGUCAGAAGAGCUCAUCAAGGCUGAGCUACAUUUGCGACGCCAGAGGCUCGAAAGAGCGCUGAGGGAAGAGAUCGACACGCAACGCGCUGCCAAUAAAAACCUCGAGCAGGCCUCGGAUUUUGAUCUGUCUGAUAUUCUCGCCAAGGCACUCACGCUUGUGCAGGCAACUGCUCCUCCACUAAUGUACGACAUGGGUGCUAACGCUUCUGUAUCAAGUGACUCGUUUGACGACAACACUUUUUACUCUAGUCAGCAUGAUACUCCCGAGCCGUCACCAGAGCCCCAAGCUCACAACGCUGCAGACGACGUCCCCAUGCCAGAUGUCGCGACUGUACAGUCUCGAGCGAGCCGUCCAGACCCUACAGCUCGCCCAGCGCCCGAUCAGACCUUAGUCCCCUCACCGUUUUUAUCUAGAGCUCAAGAUCCUCAAGCACUAUCAGCUUCUCGAAAGACAGGUAACGCUACUUCUGCUUCUACAGCCAGUGGCGCAGCUCUAGAGGCGGCCCUUGCUCAUGAUUUGAGAUAUUCUCCAAGUUACGAUGUCGACACUCCAACUCAGCUGCUGCAGUCUGGCGCAGAUGAAAGUCACGCGCAGGUCAUUAGUUCUAAUGGAAGCGGCACGACGAGCAGAUCAGGAGAUCCGGGUAAUGCGGUCCUUGAGCGCCGUGCCGAUUACAACGAUCUUCAAGCUGGUCGCCCACGUUUGCCGAUCCACCAAUUUGGUCAUGUCGAGCCUCUCGUUCGAGCUCAUGACCUCUCUCCUUAUGCGCCGCAGCCAUCACACGUAUCACAGCUCGUCAUCGCCCGCCAACAACCCGUCCCCGAACCUGAGAUUAGCAUUUUGCAAGGCCCGCCCGCCCAGGUCGCAGCUUUGAGGCAAGAACAAGGAAACGGAACCAGCCCGGAAAGCUCCCCGCAAGGCGGCAAGGGUAUUAAGAAGAACAACAAGAAGAGAAAGACCGCCAAGAGAAAGACGGUCGGAGCAAGAGCUGCAGAACGUCCGGGGUCGCCAUACAUCAAGCCUGAACCUAGAUCUCCAUCCCCACUUACUUCACCUCAAUUCGUACGACCCCAAAAGCGCCAGCGACCUUUGAACCGGUCCCAGCAUGAGUUGAAUUAUGACGACUCGCGUAGUGCUCAACCUGUGCAGGUAAUUCAUGAUGACCCGCUGCCCAUAUCUCAGAGGGAUCGAGUACCAUUUGAUCCAUACCCUCGCGAUGUGCGUUAUUCGGUUGCUCCUAGUGGUCAGAGGAUAGAACGUCCACUCUAUGAGGAACGAAGAGUUGAGGAACCCAUUCAGUAUGUCCGUCGCGCACAGUCUCCGGUCUAUGCUCCCCAGUAUGCCGCCAGUGAGGCCCGGCAAAUGCGUUCAGCUACAUAUUCCAUUGCAGAACCUAUUUAUCGUGAGGCUCCUACCUAUCCACGCGAAGGACGCAUGAGUGUGCGACCCAUCGCUGACCGCGCCCGGUCACGUUCACCUGUCAUGGUUGACAACCGUCCAGCCGUCAUGGCACCCCCCCGACCUCCUACUCGUAUCUUUCGGGAUGAGUUUGGACGUGAGUAUAUGGAACCUCUACCACUCCCACCUCCCGUGCCUCGCUAUUCCGUCGCGCCUCCUGCAAGACCUGCCGAGCCAGAGGUCAUAUACGAGCAAGCACCAGUUCGUGCCGCAACACGAAUGCCGGGCCCCGACACCUUUGAACGCGACGGAGUGCUUUACAGACGUGCCUCUCCUGUGGUAGCGCCUCGACGGGUCAUUACUCAACCAGAAUACGGUGCUGCCGAAUAUCGCGAUUAUAGACAGCGAGACUACUCUCUACGACCCGGCGCGACACCAACCACGCAAGAAUUCGCCCAAUACCGACCAGAGAGUCGACCUCCUCAGCCAGAAGUCCUACCAGGAUACGGUAUGCGCGCUUCCACAGUUCGUCCUGCUGAACAGCUACGCUAUGAGUACCCUGCACGAGUAGCAAGCGUGCGCCCCGAUGUUGCCAUUCGAGAUUAUGCCGCUGGCAUCCAUCCCGAGCCGAGACGUGAGGCCGCCAUUCCUGUCUACCGCGAGUAUAGUGUUAGACCAGCAGCGGAGCCAGAGCUUCCUCGCCGUGAGUACAGUGUUCGGCCUGCGGAGCGGUACUACGACAACCGCCCAAUCAUCCGAGAGGAUGAAGUUCAAUUCAUCGAUCAACCUCGUACUGUUCAAAGAGAGGUUAUAUAUGAGGAUGGCCGCAGAGAGGUUUACCGAUAA